GUGCAGAAGCAGGUGCACCCGAACCUCACGGCGAAGGAGGACGCGCUGCAGCACAUCGAGGAGCUGAUCCUGCAGCUGCUCAGCAUGCUGUGUGUCGCGCAGCCGCGCUCCGUGCAGGACGUUGAGGAGCGCGUCCAGAAAACGUUCCCCCACCCGAUCGAUAAGUGGGCCAUCGCUGACGCUCAGUCGGCGAUUGAGAAACGCAAGAGGAGGAACCCCUUACUGCUCCCCGUGGACAAGAUACACCCCCUGCUCAAGGAGGUGUUGGGCUACAAAGUGGACUACCAUGUGUCGCUGUACAUCGUGGCUGUGCUCGAAUACAUAUCAGCAGAUAUCCUGAAACUGGCGGGAAACUACGUGGGAAACAUCCGGCACUACGAGAUCAGCCAGCAGGACAUCAAGGUGUCCAUGUGUGCAGACAAGGUGUUGAUGGACAUGUUCGACCAGGAGGAGGACAUCGGUCUCAUGUCUCAGUGCACGGAGGAGCCCUCGUCCUCGGGGGAACUCACGUACGACGACCUGGUGCGUCUGGAGAUCGCCGAGGAGCGUCAGUACCUGCGAGAGCUCGACCUCAUCAUCAAGGUUUUCCGCCAGCACUUCCUGUCCAACCCCAAGAUCUUCACGCCGCAG